AUGUUUCUGCGGCGCCUCUGUCUUCUAACGGCUGCUUCGACAGUCGCCGGCCAGCAAACUGGCAACCACCCGGACUGGCCGCGAUGGUGCGGCAAAGUGUAUGAGUCGGGAUACCCAAGCUUCAAUCCUGGUGGCCAGACAGUCGAGCCGCCCCGGAGUCCGGACGGGCCCUUUCUCUACGUCCAGGUGACACCACGGUACAGCCUCUACCUGGACAGCGAGGCCCAAGGUGAAUUCGUUGUGCGGACCACGCUGUCACCGUACUUUGGUCUGGAGCUGCCGUCUGCACCGUCGUCCGACGGCACCGGCGUCGAUGCAAACCGGCUGCUCAAUUUCACCAUCUCGCUCGACAGCCAAGAAGACAGCGACAGCGACACCACAGGCACCAACAGCAUCAAAGCCAGCAACGUCCUCGUGCGCGGCGCAGUCCGUUUCAACUUUAGCGGUGUCACCACGCAGGACACAAUCGUGCCAUUCAACCUGACGGCAGCCUCCGCGUCCCUGGGCGGCGGACCGCUCAACACGAGCUUCGCACCUCAAAAUGUGACCCUCACGGGCUGGGUGGCCAGCCCGAACGGCAGCUCCAACGUGACCUACGUCGCCAAGAGCAGCAACCUUUUCUACCUGCCGGACAACACCACAGGGAGCGUCAGCCGCCUCGACAAUGCCUAUGGCGGGUUCAUGUUCCGUGGGGCCCGCGGACAAAGCACCGGUAACACCAGCGACAGUGCCGGGUUCCGUCCUUACUUUCCCUAUGGGUACUACGCCUCCUACGACGGCUUCCUGACGGGCGCCACCGACAAUGCCUCUGCCGCAGCCACUAUUGACCCCUAUGCCGCCUUUGGCCUCAACGCCAUGACGCCCUUGACGCAGUACCCGCAGUCCGCUGCUGCGUUUGCUUACAUGGCCGACCACACCGGUCUAGGCAUCCAGUUCGAUCUCCGCGAAGGCUACACCAACCAGUCCUGGGUGGCUGAACAAGUCACGGCCGCCCGCGACAAUGCCGCUCUCUUCUCGUACUGGAGCGCCGAUGAGCCUGAUGGGCACCAAGACCCGUUCCAGGCCCCUGUGCAAGCCCGCGAUACCAUCCGCCGUCUCGACCCCUACCACCCGGUGGCUGUAGUGCUCAACUGCCAGAAUUACUACUUUGCCGAAUACGCUGCCGGCGCCGACGUGCUCAUGGAGGACGUCUACCCCAUCGGCAUCAACACGACCGGCGUCAGCAAAUGGGGCACCGUGUGCAACUCGACGCUGGGCGACUGUGGGUGUGACAACUGCCGGGGCGGCGACUACGGCAUCCGCGACGUGGCCGACCGGCUCGACGAUCUGGCACGGUACGAGGCGUGGAGCGGACCGCAGCAGGGCUCGCCGUGGCCCAAGACCAAGAUCCACAACCCCCAGAGCUUCCACGGCGAGAGCUACUGGGCACGCGACCCGACGCCGGCCGAAGCGUGGGCCAUGAGCCUUGUGGCGGUCAACCACGGCGCGCAGGGCUUGAUUGCAUGGGUGUACCCGGUGCAGGCCAACACGACGGCCGCCGGCAGCGUCUUGCCUGCUGCCCACGGCACGCUGGCCCAGGUCCUUACGCGGUCGCCCGUUGUGGACUUUAUCGUCGGCAACGCACGCCCGACGCGACUCCCAGCCGCCACCGACCACCCCAACGUGGAUAUUGCUUGCUGGCGCCGCGGCGACCAUUUGCUCGUGUCCGUGGUCAACGCCGCGUACGAAGACUACGGGGCGGCCCCGGCCAACAGCAGCACGCCACCUCUUACUGUCCCCAUUCCCCCGAGUCUGUGGCCCGCCGCCAAUCGGUCCUACACGCACAUUGAGGCCGUCGUGUGGGGUGGCGACCAGCUAGAAUGGUCGUUUGCGGGCAACAACUUGUCGACGCAACGCAUUCCGGCGCUCUCCACGGGACUCAUCGUGUUGUCCGUCUAA